GCGAGCGUUACAUUUUUUAAUCUGUUGCUUUAGGUAACUUUUAUAAACCAACGAUGUUUUUCCACAAUCUCUUUGACAGUCUUUAACCUUAGUGUGUCAACCAAUAGAUUAACAAUUGGUGAAUCGUUUCUUGUGAGAAGUCAAGAUCAUGUCACUGCUGACCAUUGUCGAGAAAGCUAUCAAGUCAUGCAAAGAUGAACAAGGCAAGCUAAAUGACAGCAUUCAAUUCUACAGAGAAAUAUUACACACCCUAACACCGCAACCCCAGACACCCCAUGAGGAGUCAGAAAUAGCCGAUAAUGCUGCUACAGACACAGAUACCUCACCAGGGGAGAGAGAAGAUAUAGAAUUGCUUGAGCGAGCACUGGAGAAAGCCCUCUGGGUUCGCACUGGCAUAGGGCCUUUGAAAAAAGACGCUGACAGAAGUAAACAGUCUGUACCUGGGAAGAAGCCAGCCACUACAGUUACCACAUCCAAAGCAGCAGUGAAAGGAAAUCAGACAACCACCAGAUCAACUUUUAAAUCUGCCAGUCUGGACAGGAAAGAGCAUAGAAGGCCUGGAACGUCUGUAUUCUCCACGGUGGGCUCAAGACCUUCAGUUAGCUACAGUCCUGGAAAGUGCAAAACCACAGUUAAUACAAACUUAAUCCAGAGCCGUUCUGCCUCAUCGUCAGGGGUUGUUCAUCGCCAGGCAGCAAGGAAAUCGCAGCAGACUGUCUUGGCAUCUGGCAGUCUUGAUCAUGGUCAUUUACACAUCUCAACCCUUCACUCUAAAAACAAGACUGUUAGAGGUAACGUGCUGAGUGGUGAGGUCUUGGGCCGCAUGCCCCCUUCAUAUAACAUGGUGCCUGUUUCACCCACAAAUGACACAGGAGCUCACAGAUUACAUCAACAGAAUGGGAUGUCUUAUGAGCAGGCAAUGAAAUGGAAGUCUCUGAGGAUCAAGCAAAACAGGUUGUGGGACAAAGUAGUAGCUGUGCAAAGGAAACCUGUGCCUGGGAGGAGUCACUUUGUGGAGAGAAUGAGUGCUAUGUUCCCAAAGGACUGGCCAUGUGGUAGCCCAGAUCAGACCAGAGCUCUGGUGGACAGGCUGACUCACCUGGGACAUGACCUUACUCAACACUACCAGACAAAGGAGCUACUGGACAAACAGACCACAGGAGGAGGCACAGAGCUGGGUAGUAAAGAAAACAAAUGUGAUUCCUAUCUGACACCUGAAAGGUUGCAGAUGACGACAGCAGAGCUCCAGAACUUUACAGAUCUAAUGAAGGAAGAGUGGGAAGCAUGGGAUCGAUGGAGGCCAGAGGGAGGUUGUCUUUGCCCCAAUGGGGCAAAUGGCGAGUGGGGAGAUGGGAUAAUUGCACCCCUGCCCCCAACUGUAACCUACACAGCAGAGGCAGAGCUCAGAGAGCUGGAGAAGCUGAGGUUUAGGGUGGCACUGCUGCAACAGGAGAUUUACCUUGAACAGGCUCUAUCGGACACUCUGUCCCCUCAGCUCUCAUCUGUUGUACCUGGAUGUCCCGACUACAGUGUACUGAGAGCCCUGUACUCCCUGUUGGGUGAAGGAGGACAGCGUUUCCCUGCAAUAGUCCUGGACUCCGAACCUGAAUAACUACUUAGCAUAUUAGACUGGGUUAUCAGUUUAUAUGGUACUCUUGUACAAUAUAACACAGUCCCUGUUUGCAGGGCCCAUUUACACCCAGGAGAGGGACGACAUAUUAGAAACAACUCUCAUUAUAACACAGUCCUGCACAACACCAUGUUAGCCUUACUGACAAGCUCAAUAAAACAUGAACAUUAUAAACGUCACAAAGAAGGGAUUCAUGUGUAACAGCUGUACCUAAUAAACUGGUAACCCCAGUAAUAUUCAUCCCUAAAUCAAGAGUUUAGAGCUUUUGAUAUU